UCCACCUGCAUUGAUGUUGCUGCCGAACUAGGGAGAGGCUGGGAGCCUACAGGAAAAAAUAAGACUUGGAAAAGGAAGAGGACAGUGUAUCCAAGAAACAGGCUUGAUGGAAUAACCUACUGCUGUCUAGAAAAGGACAUUGCUAUCAGGAAUCGGGUGUCCUCUGAUUCCUGGCUGGGCUUCGUCCAAUCAGAUCCUGUGUAAUAGCAGACCAUCAACACUCAAACAUAAUGGCAUGUGCUUCGGUGAAAGUAGCCGUGAGGGUCCGCCCCUUCAAUUCCAGAGAGAUUGGAAAAGAGAGCAAAUGUAUCAUCCAGAUGUCAGGCAACACCACCACAAUUUUAAACCCUAAGCAGCCAAAGGAAAACAAGAGCUUCAACUUUGACUAUUCUUAUUGGUCACACACAACUCCAGAAGAUGUUAACUAUGCAUGUCAGAGGCAGGUGUAUAAAGACAUCGGGGAGGAAAUGCUUCUGCAUGCUUUCGAGGGGUAUAACGUCUGUAUCUUCGCCUAUGGGCAAACAGGAGCAGGAAAGUCUUACACCAUGAUGGGCAAGCAAGAGCAAGACCAAGAGGGCAUCAUUCCAUUGCUGUGUGAGGACCUGUUUACCAAGAUCAGUGACAAUAAUGACAAUAGCAUGUCAUACUCAGUUGAGGUCAGUUAUAUGGAGAUCUACUGUGAGCGAGUACGAGAUCUGCUGAACCCAAAGAAUAAAGGGAACCUGCGCGUCCGAGAACAUCCUCUGAUGGGGCCGUAUGUGGAAGACCUAUCUAAACUAGCUGUAACCUCCUACACUGACAUCCAGGACUUGAUGGACUCCGGCAACAAAGCCAGGACCGUGGCGGCCACCAACAUGAACGAGACAAGCAGCCGUUCCCAUGCAGUUUUCAACAUCAUCUUCACACAGAAACGUCAUGACAGCGAGUCAGAAAACACCUCUGAGAAGGUCAGCAAAAUCAGCCUCGUUGACUUGGCAGGAAGCGAGAGGGCCGAUUCUACUGGAGCAAAAGGGACUAGACUGAAGGAAGGAGCCAAUAUUAACAAAUCCUUAACAACACUGGGCAAAGUGAUCUCUGCUUUAGCUGAGAUGGACUCUGCCCCAAAUAAGAACAACAAGAAGAAGAAGAAGGUUGAGAGCUUUAUUCCAUAUAGAGAUUCAGUUCUGACAUGGCUGCUGAGAGAAAAUCUUGGAGGUAACUCACGCACUGCCAUGGUGGCAGCUCUAAGCCCUGCUGAUAUCAACUAUGAUGAAACCCUCAGCACUCUCAGAUAUGCUGAUCGUGCCAAGCAGAUCCGAUGCAAUGCGGUCAUCAACGAAGAUCCAAACAACCGCCUGGUACGUGAACUGAAAGAAGAGGUCGCUCGUCUGAAGGAUCUGCUUUAUGCUCAGGGUCUUGGAGACAUCAUUGAGACCUAUCGAGCACCAGAUCCUGGGAUAGCUGCUCUCAAAUUGACCAAUGCCAUGACAGGAAUGAGUCCCUCCCCCUCUCUCACUGCGAUGUCCAGCCGGGCUGCCUCCAUCAGCAGCCUGCACGACCGGAUCAUGUUCAGCCCGGGAAGUGAGGAAGCCAUUGAGAGGCUGAAGGAAACUGAGAAGAUAAUUGCAGAACUCAAUGAAACUUGGGAAGAGAAGCUUCGCCGCACAGAGGCUAUUAGGAUGGAAAGGGAAGCACUUUUGGCUGAAAUGGGUGUGGCGAUGAGGGAAGAUGGAGGAACAGUUGGCGUCUUUUCUCCAAAGAAGACGCCUCACCUGGUCAAUCUCAAUGAAGAUCCACUGAUGUCUGAGUGCUUAUUAUACUACAUUAAAGAUGGAAUCACCAAGGUCGGCCGUGAGGAUGCCAGCAGUCGGCAGGACAUCGUCCUGAGCGGUCACUUCAUUAAUGAUGAGCACUGUGUGUUCACAAGCAGCACAAAUGCCUCUGGAGAGGGAACUGUGGUCCUGGAGCCCUGUGAAGGGGCAGAGACUUAUGUAAACGGAAAGAGAGUAACAGAGCCCACUGUUCUCAGAUCAGGUAACCGUAUCAUUAUGGGCAAAAGCCAUGUGUUCCGGUUCAAUGAUCCAGAGCAAGCACGGCAAGAGAGGGAGCGAACCCCAUGUGCAGAAACACCUGUGGAGCCGGUGGACUGGGCCUUCGCCCAGAGAGAACUACUGGAGAAACAAGGCAUUGAUAUGAAGCAGGAGAUGGAGCAGAGGUUACAGGAGCUUGAGGACCAGUACCGCAAGGAAAGAGAAGAAGUGAGCAAUCUUCUGGAACAGCAGAGACUGGAUUAUGAGAGUAAGCUGGAAGCUCUUCAAAGGCAGGUUGACUCCAGAUAUUACCCAGAAACCACAGAGGAAGAAGAAGAACUAGAAGAGGAAGUGCCGUGGACCAAACAAGAGACAGAUCUGGCCCUCUGGGCUUUCCGUAAAUGGCGAUUUUACCAGUUCACCUCGCUCAGAGACCUGCUCUGGGGAAAUGCAAUUUUCCUAAAGGAGGCUAAUGCCAUUAGCGUGGAGCUGAAGAAAAAGGUUCAAUUUCAGUUUGUGCUGUUAACUGACACACUGUACUCCCCGCUGCCCCCUGACCUCCUGCCCCCAAACAUAGCCAAAGACAGGGAGAAAAGGCUGUUCCCUCGCACCAUCGUGGCAGUAGAGGUUCAGGACCAGAAAAAUGGUGCCACACAUUACUGGACCCUAGAGAAACUCAGACAAAGACUGGAUUUGAUGAGAGAAAUGUAUGACCGAGCAGCCGAGGUGCCCAGUACUGCAGUUGAGGAAUGUGACCACAUGAUGUCUGGUGGGGACCCCUUCUACGACCGCUUUCCGUGGUUUCGUCUGGUUGGCCGCACUCCCAUUCUCAACACGUGCAUGAGCGAGCGCAUGAGCGACCCCACCCUCUCCCCCACCCUCUCUGAUCCCGACUCUGAUAUAACCGAGCUCGCCGAUGAGCGGCAUUAUGGGAAGGUUGAUGUGGAGGAGGAGGAGGAGGAGUUGGAGGACCUGGACGAUGAGACCUUUAUGGAGGACCUGGGUUCAGAGCUUGGGAGAGAGGAGGAGGAAGGUGUGAGGGAGCACUGCCCAGGUGCCAGCGAUGGCCAGGACCCCUUUUACGACCGCUGGCCUCUGUUCAGUUUAGUGGGCAGGGCAUUUGUGUAUCUGAGUAACCUGCUGUAUCCUGUGCCACUGGUGCACCGUGUGGCCAUUGUGAGCGAGAAGGGUGAGGUCAAGGGCUUCCUACGAGUGGCAGUUCAAGCCAUCUCUGCUGAUGAAGAGGCACCUGAUUAUGGUUCAGGUGUACGACAGUCAGGAACUGCCAAGAUCUCAUUUGAGGAUCAACAGUUUGAGAAGUUUCAGACAGAGUCAUGCUGUGCUGGGGUGUCUCACACAAGCACAUCUCAAGAGGAACUGCGCUUCGUAGAAGGAGAAGGACAAAACUCAGAGAUGGGACUCAGUGCUGAUGAGAUGAACAACAACACCUGUGCAGCCUCUCCCGAUGUUCCUAACAGUCCUCUGAAGGCUUGUCUGGAAUGUCCUCUUGAUGUGACUCAGGAAACAUCUUUACAGCACUUAAAGGUUGGCAGCAACUUCACCUUUAGAGUCACCGUUCUCCAGGCCUCCAGCAUCUCAGCUGAGUAUGCAGACAUCUUCUGCCAGUUCAACUUUAUUCACAGGCAUGAUGAGGCAUUUUCUACUGAACCCUUGAAGAACACAGGCAGAGGGCCUCCUCUGGGAUUUUACCAUGUGCAGAAUAUAACCGUAGAGGUCACCAAGUCCUUUGUGGAAUACAUUAAAAGUCAGCCAAUUGUUUUUGAGGUAUUCGGGCACUAUCAAAAACAGCCCUUCCCUCCUCUAUGUAAAGACUUAAUCAGUUCUUUACGUCCUGCAAGAAGGCAGUUUCCCAGAGUUAUGCCUUUGUCAAAGCCAGUACCCGCCACUAAACUGAGCACCCUGACACGCUCCACCGCCGGCCCCUGUCACUCCAAAUAUGACCUUAUGGCAUUUUUUGAGAUCUGUGAGCUGGAAGCCAAUGGAGACUACAUCCCAGCUGUCGUUGAUCACAGAGGUGGAAUGCCAUGUCAUGGUACAUUCCUAUUGCACCAGGGGAUCCAAAGGAGAAUAACAGUUACUAUAGCCCAUGAAACUGGCAAUGACAUUGAGUGGAAGGAGGUUAAAGAGCUUGUCAUAGGACGCAUCCGUAACACACCCGAGGCGGACGAGACGAUCAUAGAUCCCAACAUCCUAUCCCUCAACAUCCUGUCAUCUGGAUACAUUCGGCCAUCUUAUGAUGACAGGGUAUCACUGGGAAUUGACCAUAGGACAUUUUACCGUUUUGAGGUGGCAUGGGACAGCUCCAUGCACAACUCUCUGCUGCUGAACCGUGUCACUCCCUAUGGAGAGAAAAUUUACAUCACUUUGUCUGCCUACCUUGAGAUGGAGAAUUGCACCCAGCCCACAGUCAUAACCAAGGACUUCUGCAUGGUGUUCUACUCCAGAGAUGCAAAGCUUCCUGCAUCACGCUCCAUCCGAAACCUCUUUAGCACUGGUGCAUUCAGGCCAUCUGAGAGUAACCGCGUGACCGGAGUGUACGAAUUAAGCCUUUGCCACUUGGCAGACAUUGGAAGUCCCGGUAUGCAGAGGAGGCGCAGACGGGUGCUGGACACCUCAGUGGCGUAUGUGCGUGGAGAGGAGAACCUCGCGGGCUGGAGGCCCCGCAGCGAUAGUCUUAUCCUGGAUCACCAGUGGGAGCUGGAGAAACUGAGCCUUCUUCAAGAGGUGGAAAAGACCAGGCAUUACCUUCUGCUGAGAGAGAAGCUAGAAGCAUCUCUGUUUCUGGGACAUGACUCUUUUUGUACUAAAGACUUGAUGGACUCACCUAAGGCCUCCAGCCCCAUGAUGAAUCCAGUUGUCAGUCUGGGUCUGGACAGUCCCAAUGAGAGGCAGAGAGAACUGGCAGCCAAGUGUGUGCGACUGCUCAUGCACACGUUCAACAGGCAGUAUAGCCAGGUGAGCAGCAGUCUCAGUGAGAGCAAGAGCACCAUGAUUAGUGUAGUAGAUGCCUUAUGGCUGUCAGAAAUGUCAGCAUCACUUUUAAGAGAGAGUUCUUCCUCUGCUCUGAGCACCCUGACGCCCUCCUCCACCUGUCCUUCAUUGGUGGACGGUCACUUUGGCAGUCAAGACUUCAGAGGUGCUGAGGCUAAUUCUGGAGCAUCAAGCCCUGAUCUUGAUCCUUUCAGCCCUGUAGAGAGAAAGCCCAGGAGCUGCUCCUUCAUCCCAAACAUCCAGGAGAUUCGUGUCAGCCCUAUUGUGUCGAAGAAAGGCUAUCUGCAUUUUCUGGAGACACAUACCAGCGGCUGGGUGAAGCGUUACAUUGUGGUGCGACGGCCAUAUGUGUACCUGUACCGUAGUGAGAGAGACAGUGUGGAGAGAGCAGUGAUAAACCUCUCAUCUGCCCAAGUUGAGUACAGUGAAGAUCAGCAGACCAUGCUGAGGGCUCCUAACACAUUUGCUGUGUGCACCGAGCACCGCAACAUUCUCCUCCAGGCCAGCAAUGACAAAGAGAUGCAUGACUGGCUGUAUGCAUUCAACCCACUGCUGGCAGGAACCAUCAGGUCUAAGCUUUCCAGAAGAAAAUCGCAGAUGAGAAUGUGAACAUUUUUUUCCUCCAGCUUACAACAUAAACAGAUAGCUAACAGGGCCUUGUGAUGUAAUUAGGUCAUGUGAUCAUGAGUGUCUUAUCCCUACCUUAUCUCAGCUGCCUGCCUACCCUAGCACUCCCCGUUGGUCUUUCCAUGCCAACCAUAGACUGUGGGACUGGCUUCACAAACUGUGUCCAUGUGUGUUUGUCAGGCCCUAUUUACAGUAGUCAGUUACAAAUGUAAAUUGAAGUAUAUUGAAAUAUUCAACACGUCCCUUCUAACAUUGCUCAAAACUAGAAUGGUAAAAUAACAUUUUAGUCAUGACCCCACUCCUGUAGUGUAAAAGCAUAACUUCAUUUGUAAAUGCGACACAAUGCUCUGUUUGUGUAUUUGCUUCUGCAGAGUAGAUGUCAAGCGCUUUUGCCUGGGCUGCAGUAGAUGCCUCUUGGUUUUGUUAACUCUGCCAUGGUCAUUGUGCUUUUUAAAGGGAUGCAAAGCUUAUAACUUUUGUGUUUUAGAUGAUUGCUAAAGACAGAAUUGCAGGGUAAAGCAACUGAACUUGGCAGUUGUCUGCUACUGUAAAUCAACCAGAAUCGACAUUUGGAAGAAUCUUAACUUUUUAAAGUUUAUUUUUGUGUUCUUUUAUUUUAUUUUAAUCUAUAAUGUCUUUUUUACAUUACAUUACGUUAUGUUUACUUAUUUAUUAAGCCUUGUAUGUUUUAUAAACAUUAUUAAUUUAUUGAGAAGUCACUAUUUGUAGUGUUACUUUCACCUAGCACUUUUGAUAACAAGCUUUGAUCAGAUUAAAUUCAUUUGCACAGGAGCUCUGCUGCUACAGAGAAUCUUAUCUGCUUUAAUGUUUCCUUAUUUAUAGCUUUUAUGUUUGGAUGUAUAACACUGAAAUUCAUCAGAGCACUUUUAACAAUAGGAUGAGGGAGAAUUUAUUCAGAUUAUAUCACAUCUUUCAAAUAAUAUUGUUGAUCUCAUUCCUCUUUUGUAGCUGCUAUACAGUAUGUUUAUGUCAUCCUGGCCUUACAUGUUAUAAUAGAUUAUCUGUAUUAAAUCUAGGAUCUCUUAAUUGAUAUGUGUUGGUCUUAUAAGAAGAGAUCCAGUGUUACAAUAUUUAACCAGAAGUUUAUACAUUUCUAUGACUUUUAUUAAAAGUUCAUCACCACCAGGAUAGAUCCCAAAGAAACCCUUAUAUAUAGCUUACCUAAUUUUAUAUUUUGUCAUGAGAUGCAUUUAUCAUAAUAAGCAUACCCAUAUAUGGUGUUGCCUUGUGACUGUAAAGAAAGUUUACCAAGUAUAGAAAAGCUGUUAGGAAAUGAAAAUAUAGACUCCAUUAUAAAGAGGUAUUAGCCGGGUCUAAAACACACCAGAAAUCUGCUGUAUCCUCUGAGCUCAUGCUAUUGGUCAGUCACCCAUUUAGCAUGUUGUCUGUUGCUGUAUAAAAUAUCCUGUUGUCUUAGGGAAGUGAUGUUUUGUGCCAUGGGCCAGCCAACCCAAAGAGCACAAAAGUAUGGCAAUAGUGAGUUAUCUACAUACCUCAGAGUUAUUGUGUUUAUAUUUAGCAGUUCUGGUCUUCUUCAUAAACAGCAGUAUAAAAACAAUCAGUGAAAUGGAUAUGAAACACAUGGAUGCUUAGUAUAUUUACAUAAGUUUUACCUCCCACUGCCCUGAUUGUUUUUAUUCAUUCUUGUCUCUCGUAAUGUAUACAGUAGCAUGCUGUACAUAUUUAAUCAGCUUUUGUAUUAAAUGUAUCUAAUGUAUCUCAUUUACCUCCAUACAGUACAAGAGUAGCAAUUACAUAGAAACAAUAGUUAAGAUAUCAUUUUACAGAAAUAAAGGAUUACAGUCAACUAUAAGCAUGUUGUGUUUGCAAAUCCUUACCUUAACACAUUGCCGUGUUAAAACAUUCACAAAGUCAACUUGCAAGAUACAAGUUGUAUUGCAGAUCAAAGAUUUAUAGGAUUUGUAGUUGAAAAUUAUGUCUCUCUUUUUGCUUCUCACUCUCUAUGGGUCUUUUGUGUUUCAAGCAUCCCUUUGAAUAUGCACCUUUUAUCCAUCCAAAUAUUCCUAAUUUAACAAAUGAGGAUCUCAAUAUAAACUAAGUGUAUCUACUGUUACUGCUUCUAUGUUUCUGUUAAUUUGCUCUGUAUAUAAACCCAACUGUGGUCUAGCACACAGCUGUAACCACUUUAUACCAUACUGAAUUGGCUGUAGUGUACUCAGUGCUCAAGUUCUUUUGAGUUUUGGACCUGUGUCUUCUAAUGUCUCUGGACACUUAACACUUUGUCAGGUGUGAAAUAAAUGUGAAAUAUGCGCAACCAU